GAGCGGAGCGGAGCCUCCCGGCGCGGCCCGCGGGAGCGUUACCGGGGCCGGCAGAGGGAGCUGGACAUGAUGGACCACCUUGCAAACACGGAGAUCAACAGCCAGCGCAUCGCUGCUGUGGAGAGCUGCUUUGGGGCUUCAGGGCAGCCCUUGGCCCUGCCGGGCAGGGUGCUCCUGGGAGAAGGGAUUCUAACCAAGGAGUGCCGCAAGAAACCAAAGCCUCGCAUCUUCUUCCUCUUCAACGACAUCCUGGUCUACGGCAGCAUCAUCCUCAACAAAAGGAAGUACAACUCCCAGCACAUCAUCCCCCUUGAAGACGUCACUCUGGAGACGCUGCCAGACACCCUGCAGAUGAAGAACCGCUGGAUGAUCAAAACCUCCAAGAAGUCCUUUGUGGUGUCGGCAGCGUCCCUGACGGAGAGGAAGGAGUGGAUCAGCCACCUGGAGGAGUGCAUCAAGCACCUGCUGAGCAAGACGGGCCGGCAGCCGUGCCGGGAGCCCGCGGCGCCCUGGAUCCCCGACAAGGCCACGGACAUCUGCAUGCGCUGCACGCACACCAAGUUCUCCACGCUCACCCGCAGGCACCACUGCCGCAAGUGCGGCUUCGUCGUGUGCGCCGACUGCUCCCGCCAGAGGUUCCUGAUGCCCAGGCUGUCCCCCAAGCCCCUGAGGGUCUGCAACCUGUGCUACAGGCAGCUGCUGGCCGAGAAGAAGAAGGAGGCAGAGGCGGAUCGGAGGCAGACGGAGCCCGUCCCCUCUGCCACGCAGGGCUACGAGCCCUCCAGCGGCGAUGAGAGCGACAAGUCUGACGAUGACAGGGCUGAGCACUGGCCAGCUGACUCAGAGUUUUAUACCUCACAGGUAUCCUGGUCAUCUUUCCACAGCUGA